AAUAACAACUGGAAGGUAGGGCGACAACAACAUAAAGGGGUUUUGGAUGCGGGAAAUGAUCGCUAGACAUUUUGGGGGUGUAACUAUAGGCGACCGUAGCUGCAACUUUAUCCUCUACUGACUACCAGACAAGGUGCACACAUUUGCUUCUGGGAUCCUGACAAUUCCGCAAUGACCAGCUCCCCAGUUUCCCGUGUGGUUUAUAAUGGAAAGCGACCUUCCAGUAACACAAGGUCUCCAAGCAGCACUGAGAUCUUCACGCCAGCCCAUGAGGAGAACGUUCGAUUUAUAUAUGAAGCUUGGCAGAGCGUGGAGCGAGACUUGAGAAACCAGGUGUCUGGUGGACUUGUGGAAGAAUAUGUGGAAAGGACCCCCAACAACCUAAAGUCUUUUAAGCCUGUUGACCUGAAUGAUUUGAAGAGGAGGAACACACAGGAUCCCAAAAAGUCAUAAUGUGUCAGCCUUUGUUUUGUGGAAGCACUUUCAUUAUCUUCCUUUUAAUUAUUGAUUUCUGGCAUAAAGAGGUUACUCUGAGGCUAUAUGUAUGGACUAAACAGAGUUGUCCUGAUUUAGGACCCCAAUUGCCCCCCCUCUGCUCCUGUUGUCUGGUCUGCCCUGUACCAAACAUCUCAAACCUACAAACUGAGAGAUUAAGGCAAACUUUUUUUUUUUUUUAAUUAUUAUUAUAAUUUUUAUUUUCAAUAAGAACUCAACGUGCUUGUGA